AUGAAUAACGAGGGAAACAAUUAUGAUCAAGAGGAGAGGUUCAAUCCUCUAAUGGAUGGAGGGGAACAACAAUAUCCACCCGCUCCUCCAUUAGGGAAUGUGAACCGACCAAGGCAACAAGACCACCCAAGGGAUGAUCGACCCCAAGUGCACGCACAAGUGCCAAACCAACAAAGACAAACUUUGGGCGAGUUUUUCUUGCCGGAUCUGGAUAAUGCCACUUUUGGAUGCUUUGCAAUGCCGGUUCAAGCGCUUCAUGGGAUAACGGCGGACCAAAUUAAGCUUCGGAUGUUCCCCUUCUCCUUGAGGGACAAAGCUAGCAUUUGGUUACAUUCUCUACCAAAUGAGUCUAUUCACAAUUGGAGAGAGUUGGCUCAAGCUUUUCUCAACAAAUAUUUUCCUCAUGGCAAGACUACAAAAUUGACUAAGGACAUACUUGAGUUUGUCCAAUUUGAAGGAGAAUCACUUCAUGAGGCGUGGGAGCGGUUCAAGGAUUUACAACGGAGUGUGCCUCAUCAUCGGCUCAAUAGAGAGCAUGUUAUACAAAUAUUUUAUGAUGGGACAAAUGUCACUACCCGAGCUACUAUUGAUGCGGCUUCGGGCGGUUCGCUUAUGCAAAAGACUUAUGAAGAAGCUCUUGAAUUGGUGGAAAAAUUAGCCGUGGUUAGUAGUACUUGGGGUCCUAUGAAGAGAAGAGCGCCACCAAAUCAAAAGUCACUCAUGACUCUUGAUCAAGUGAGGGAGAUGGAGUCCAUAAAAGCCACAAAUGCUUCGCUUCAAGCUCAAGUGGAUGCUCUCAAGAAACAAGUCGCUCCUAUGCAAAGGAAUGCUCCGGUGGCUUAUGUUCAAGUCGGUUGUGAGUUUUGUGGUGAUUUUGGCCAUUCGGGAGGAGAGUGCCUAGUUACGGGUCAAGCCUUGAGUGAGCAAGUGAAUUACAUUGGGGGUCAAAGGCAAGCUAAUGAUCGGCAAGGCAAUGCUCAAGGGUCUAAUCAAGCGGGUUCAAGCUUUCAAGGCAACAAUAGGCCUCCACAACAACAAGGUCACUAUGAAGGCAAUCAAGGCCAAGGGUAUAAUUAUGGUGAUAGACCUCAACAUCCUCCCGGGUUUCAACCUCAAAGAAACAUGGAUGAAGGGAAUAUGCUUGCUAAGUUGAUGGAUGAGCUUAGAGAGAUGAAGCAACUUCAAAAGAAUCAAGCCGCCACUAAUCAAAUGCUUGAGACUCAAAUCUCUCAACUUGCUAUCAAUCUUCAAGGUAGACCACAAGGGGGAUUGCCAUCUACUACGGAGAAUAACCCUAGAGAACAUGUUAAGGCGAGGCAAGUUGUCGAGGAGGAUGAGCCUCAAGUGGUAAUUGACAUAGCAAGUUCAAGUCAAGAGUUGCCAAAGGAAUGUGAGGAAGUGGUUGUCGAGAUUGAAGAGCCCUAUGUGAGGCCGCCUGUCGGAAAUGAGAUUCAAGUCAAGAAGUAUGGUGAGAAUAAAUGA